UGGCUGACAGCGGGUCUGGUUGUAGCUAAAAGAUGGUCGUAGAGAGAGGUUGCUGCUACACAUUUUGGCAUCCGAUCACUAAAGAAUUUCAGUUAGAUAAAUUCAGUUUGGAACAUGCACCCGUAGAUGAUUUCUUUAAGUCACAAUGGCAAAAGGGCACGCGAUGUUGGUGGUGGCUCAUAUAUCGUUGGCUGUUGGCUAUAUGCUUCUUUUUAGGUGUUCUUGGCAGUUUAGUGCAACACUUCAAUGAGGGCAAAUGGUUUAUAUAUCUCACCGAUUGGGGUUUCUUUUUAUGUAUGUACACAAGUCUUUUUGGCGCUAUACUGGUUUCAGUCUAUCACUGCAAUCCCCAAAAGUUUGAGACCGGUAGCUUUAUAUUAAAGUUUUAUUGGGCAUCACAUUGGUCAACUUUAGUACUCGCUACAAUGAUUACUUUUGUUUACUGGCUUUUCAUAUAUCCAAAUGAUAAUGCCAGUCCCACUGCUCUCUACAAUUUAUGGGCGCAUGCCUUUAAUUCAGUUUUAAUGCUUAUGGAUCAUAUGUUGGUAGCAUUUCCAACUAGAAUAUUACAUUUUAUAUACCCAUUCAUCGCUGGAGUUUUGUAUGGACUCUUUUCCGUUAUUUACUAUUUUGCAGGUGGUCUUGAUCCUGGUGGUAAUCAAUACAUAUACGAGAUUUUGGACUGGUCACAACCGGGUUGGGCGUUGGCUACCGUCUUCGGUUGUAUAUUAUUGGUUUGCGUCUUUUGUUUAUUGCUAUUUGGUUUAUACAAAUUACGUAUUUUUAUAUAUCGCAAAACGAACAAAUCUGUUUUAACUUUUAAUACCUAA